UCGUGGAGAAGCAUCUUCAGCCUUGGCUGUCGGAUUUGAGCCCAAAUUGAGCUCACCUGCCUUGAAUCUUUUGCUCUGAUUUCUGCAAGGGGAGCAAUAGAAAAGAGAGGGCCUCCCAAAACCAGGCUCCUCCGCGCCCCAGCCUUGGGCCCUCGCCGCCAGGCAGGGCUCGUGCCACGCCGGGAGGGUUCUACACCCCUCUGCAAGCGACGGCUGAGUUCUCACAGCCCUUACAAGUACCUUACAGCUGCCAAGGUCCGCUCUAAGCGAGGUGACACAGAAAUACCUGUCUGAUCUCCCAGGGUGUGCGCGCCUCUGCACCUGGCAGCUGCUGCUCUGCCUCCUGCAUAGCAUCUCAGAACGGGGAAGGAACAUGAAAAUGACAUCCCCAAAAUGCAAAUUAUUGCAGUACUGAGCAGGCCGGGUGUGGAAAACAACCUGUCCUUGAUUCAGAGCGCAGAAACAGUCACAAAGUUGGGAUUUAAAACAAGCCCGAGCCCGGCGGUGGGGGCACGCGGCUCGUGGCCGCAUUGAGCAGCGCCUGCCCGCGAAGGAGCUCCGGGUGGAGCAGACGUGUGAAACCGUGCCGUGAGCGUGCUUGUGCUCGGCACCUGUGGCGGGCUGCAGGGGAUCUCCAGGAGCGGAGACGAACCUCCCGUUUCGCCUGACACCUGUGUUUUAUCCCCUGGGCGGGUGCGUGGUGGUGAAACCGUCCCCGCCACGGCAGCGCUGGACGCCGAGAUCCCGGCGUGGGCCACAGCAGCCUGGCACCUGCCCAGCGCCCGUCCCGUGGCUCCCGGUGCCUCCACAGGAAAAGUCACCCCAAAUCCUGAAAGGAGCUUCAGGGCGAGCGUUUCUGCGGCAUGGCGGGACCGGGGGGCGACGGGGACCUGCGGCACCUGCUGAAGCUGCACCGCACCGAGAUCGCGAUGGCGGUGGAUGACGUCUUCCCGCUGCUGCACGGCCUGGCUGACCACGAUGUCGUCCCUGAGCACGUCUUCAAGGAGACCCUGAGCCGGACGGAGCGGGAGGGCUCCCACCGCGCUUUCCAUGCGCUGCUCACCUGGCUGCUGGGCCGCGACGCUGCCGCCAUCCACGACUUCUGGACCGUCCUCUUCAAGGACUACAAUCUGGAGCGGUACACCCGGCUCCGGCCCCUUCGCGGCGCCUUGCCCAGAGAGGCGGAGCUGGGGCGGCAGCGCCGCAGCAGACGCCUCUCCCCCAGCCCCCCGACCCCGCACAGACCCCAAGGCAAGAGGAAAGCCCCCGAGGAACGGGACGGGGUCCGAGCGGCGCAGCCCUCCCUGCGGCACGCCGCCAGCCCUGGGCCCCUGGCAAAGGCAAGGACCAUGAAGAAGCCGGAGGGCGCGGACGCCCCCCGUGCCCCUCGUGCCGGUGCCCUCCAGGCCGUGGCCGCUUCGGUGCAGAGACCGGUGGCCGUGGCGGGCAGCGAGGUGUCCGUCGCCCACGGGGCCGUCGAGGGCAUCCUCAUCAAACACACGCUGGAGCCGGGCACCUCCAAGACGGGCAGCAAAGCCAGGGACGAGCCGUACGCCCCGGCCGCCUGCGAGGAGCCGGGGGCCAGGAGCAGAAGCCGCAGCCUGAAGCCCCCCACCCGACCCAAGGCAUCCCAAAGUAGCGGGGAGCCCCGACUGCACCCCCAGGGCCGGCUGCCAGUGCCCACGGUGCAGAGCCAGGACACCGCGCCCCACCAGGAGAACGAGGACGAGUGUGCGGCGUGCGGUGACGGCGGUGAGCUCAUCUGCUGCGACGGCUGCCCCAGGGCCUUCCACCUCGCCUGCCUGGUGCCCCCGCUGCCCCGCGUCCCCAGCGGGAUGUGGCGGUGCGGCUCCUGCGUGGUGAGCGCGGCCGAGCCAGGGCAGCUGCGGGAGGCGGACGCGGCUGCGGAGCGACCCCCCAAAAUCCCGGGGGAGGAGGCCUGCGGCACCCGGCGAGGUGGAGGUGAUGGGAGCGUCUGCGGCCGCUGCUUUGCCCGGAUCCCCGCCCCCCGACACCGCACUGCACCUGGUGGGGACCCCAGGGGGCCGCUGCUCUGCACGUCCUGCGUGGGCCCCCCGGACACGGGCAGCCUGGAGAGCGCGGCAGCGGCCAGCGACCACCCGCUACAGGCAGCAAAGGCAGAGGACGGCUCCCUCGAGAACGACCCGGUCCUGAGCAGGGACGAGCUGGACACGCUCCUGGGUGAGGGCACCUGGGACGGGAUCCUGCAGUGGGCAUUCCAGAGCAUGGCACGGCCGCUCGCAGACACCCACGGGCUCUUCGCCUAGAGCAUGCUGAGCUGGCAGAAGCCCCACAGCACAGGCACUGGAGGAACAGCCUGUGGGGCGGCUGCGUAGCGGGAAAUACACAGGAUGCGUGGACACGCAAAAAAAGGGACAUCAUCAUCAACUGCAACGCAAAAAUGGGGACUCGAACCUGGCACAUAGCUUCAAAAAUCAGGUUGCAGCGAAUAACUAUUGAUAAAGCAUGGGCCGAGGAUACACGAGUGUAAAGAUGAGAGAGAAAAA